GACUAAUCAAAUACGUGUCCGAUACUUAGGCUCGAUCAGAGCUCGUCCUCACCUCAAGUCGAAGCAUCAUCUACCGUGCAGUGUCUACCCGGAUUAUCUCGCAUGGCAUCUGAUCCAUCUGACACAGCACAGGCACGCCUAAUCUGUCAAGGCAACCUGGUCUUAAUAGAGCGUGUUCUUCUUUCCCAGAUAUUGCUUGCUAGCUUGGUUGUCCAGUUGUCCUGAACGAGAUACGAUCGAGCUGCUGGAUCUUCCGGUGAUCCGGCAGGGUUUCUUCCUCGUCGUCGCAGUCGCCGGAAAGCGUCGUCGCACUGCCGGCCGGCAGGCUAGGAGAUGGACGCCUACAGAGCGUACCUACGGGAGAUGGGCACCAGCACUAGCCCUGGCGCUCGCUCGCCAAGAUCAGAUGUUUUCGAUGAAUUGGAGGCCCUGCUACAAGACCCGUGCGCCAUGCCGAUGUGCCUGCCGAUGGAUUUCCUGGAGAGCAUCACGGGUAAUUUCUCCGAGGUUCAGGAGCUAGGAAGGGGCGGCUACGGGGUUGUCUACAAGGGCCUUCUUCGGAACGGGAAGGCCGCCAUUGCUGUGAAGAAGCUUUACGACACGCACCUGGAAGACGGCCAGUUCCAGAACGAAGUUACCUAUCUGAUCGGGCUGAGGCACCGGAACAUAGUGCGACUUGUAGGCUACUGCGCUGAAUCGCGGUGGGAGGCCACCAAAGUAGGCAACAGGUACGUCAUGGCUGAAGUGCGGAAGAGGUUGCUUUGCUUCGAGUAUAUGAACAACAAGAGCCUUAACAAGCACCUCUCUGCUGAAUCUUGUGGACUCGAGUGGCACGUGAGACAUGAGAUAAUUAAGGGAAUUUGCCGCGGUUUGCAUUACCUUCACACGGAUUGCAACAUGGUUCAUAUGGACCUUAAACCCGAGAAUAUACUGCUGGAUGACAAAAUGGUGCCAAAGAUCUCAGAUUUUGGCAUGUCGAGACUCUUUGGCCAGCAACAAUCCCAGAUUGUCACUCAAAGUCGCGGGGGAACACGUGGAUACAUGGCACCGGAAUACAUAGAUAAGGGGUUGAUAUCAGCUAAGGCAGAUAUAUUCAGUCUGGGUGUUAUAAUUAUGGAGCUAAUGACGGGAAGCAGGGACUAUCCAUGGGGCAGUGAAGCAGAUUCCAGGCACUUCGUCGAGACGGUGACCCGGAACUGGAGGCGCCGGCUGGAGAAGGCAGAGCAGCUGCACACCCCCCUGGAUACGGCCAUCCAACAGGUUAACGAAUGCAUUUCAACAGGACUUAGGUGUGUCGACCCUGACCCGAAGACAAGGCCUGCCGUAUGGGAUGUGAUCCAGAUGCUUGAUGCGGUGGAGAGUACGGAGCCGUGUUCCGGCACGAGCAAAGCGCCACCGAUCCGCACGCCUCCCGCCGCCGCCACCGCGCCCACCACGCAAUCUUCCAUGAUCACCGCCAUGCGCGUCGUAUACAUUGGAGCCCUGACAUUUAACCUAUAUCUAUUGUUACCACUGCUUUUUGUGUGAAGAAACCGGAGAAGUGUGAUCCCCUACAUAUUAUAUAUUAAGAACUAGGCGUAUAGCCCGCGCAUUUGUGCGGCUAGUAUUGAAAAUUCAAAAAUUUACAUGUCGUUAUAUCCUUA